AUGUUGGGAAUCAUUGCCGCAAUUUCCCGGACCAAGUCCGCAAUCCUCCUUCGGAGGCGUGCUGUAAUUCUUGGGGAGGCAGAUGGGAUCCCCGCAAGUCCCAUCGAUCCAUGGGGGUUUGGAAGCCAGCCGAGGCGGAGCAAGGGCGGUCACUUCGUCUUGUUGGGGGCAUCCGGGACGCAAGUCCAAGAACUUUCGUGGGAAGGCCUGAAGUCAGACUGGGCGUGCACGAUCCCAGUUUAG